GUAUAAGUUUGCUUGCUGAUAAUUUAAAGCAUAAAACAUAACUUGCCAGUCACAAUUAGUUGCUCAUUUUAAAUAAACAUAUUUGUUAUAUUAUAAAACAAUGGCUAGCUACGAAGAAGUUAAGGAUAUGCCCAACCAGCCCGACAAAUAUCUAGUCGAUGUGCGCAACAAGUCGGAGCUGGAAGAGACUGGAGUACUGCCAGCCAGUAUUAACAUUCCUCUGGCUGAUUUGGAAGCAGCCUUCAAUUUGCCAGAUGCCGACUUUGCAAAGUCCUUUGGACGCGCUAAGCCCGCUACUGAUGCAGUGGUGGUCUUCUCUUGCAAAGCUGGCGGACGUGCGGCGCGCGCAGCUAAUCUCGCCAAGACGCUAGGCUUCGCCAAUGCCAAAGCUUAUGCCGGCUCCUGGACUGAAUGGGCACAAAAAGAGGGUUUAUAAAUUACUAUAUAGUGUAUAAAAAAUCUAAGAAAAACUUUGUGUACAAUUUGAAACCUAAUAAAAGAAUGAUGUAA